AUGUCUUCCAGAGCCUCGGUCACGCUGAAGGAACAGGCUGAGACGUACGACAUGGAGAGUCAGCCUCCUGACUCCAAGAGCCGUGGCGGCAUUGCCCAUUUGCUGACCGUCCAGGAUGACGAGCAAGAUCGGAAAGAGGCGAGACGAAAUCCAAAAUGGUACCAAAGGCUGCUAGAUGCUGGCGUGGAGGAGAAUGGGAUCCAACCUGUGCCCCUCGACGAGCGGACCAAUACCAAUUACAGCAAUCUCUUCACCGUUUUCUUUACAAGUCUGCUUUGCUUGUUGCCAAUCCCCACAGGUGCUUUAGCCACAGCCCAGCUCGGACUGAGUCUGAGGGAUGCGUCGCUGGUCAUCGUCUUUUUCUCAUUGUUGACCAUUGUGCCUCCGGCGUUCAUGGGCAUUGCUGGCUCCUAUACCGGACUGAGGCAGCUCGUCCAAGCCAGGUACUCGUUUGGGUACUAUCUCGUGGGCAUUCCUCUCCUCCUGAAUGCCGCGACUGUGACUGGAUUUUCUCUCUCAUCUUCGAUUGUUGGCGGCCAGACCCUCGCAGCCGUAAACCCGGGACAUAUUGACGUGCAAAUCGGAAUCGUCAUCGCAUGCCUCGUUAGCUUCGCGGCUUCGUUCAUAGGCUACCGCGGACUCCAUAUGUGGGAACGCUGGCAAUGGCUUCCCAACCUCGUCGCAAUUAUUAUUGCCGUGGGCUGCGGUGGAAAACAUCUGUGGAAGCAGGCUGAGGCGCCUCCCCCAACAGCAGCUCAAAUACUCAACUAUGGAGGUAUUAUGGCCGGGUACUUCAUAACUUUUGGCGGGACUGCGUCGGAUUUCACUGCCUACCACAAUCCAAAUAAGACGACCAAGCUAAGAAUAUUUUCCUAUAUAUACCUAGGAAUUUUGACGCCGUCGGUCCCGUUGCUUAUCUUAGGAGCAGCGAUCGGGGGUGCGCUCACCAAUGUCCCUGAAUGGAAAUCGGGAUGGGACACGUAUGGUAUCGGCGGCGUCAUGGCCGCUAUGUUGGCUCCUGCUGGUGGCUUCGGCAAAUUUAUAUUGGUGGUCCUCGCACUGAGUGUCAUCGGCAAUAUCGCCACGUCUAUGUAUUCAGUUGCCCUCUGCAUGCAGCAGAUGCUCCCUGUUUUCACAAAGGUUCCUCGAAUUGUCUUUGUCGUUGUUGCACUCGGAAUCAUGAUUCCCAUGGCAAUCCGCGCUGCUGAGUCGUGGGCCGAUUCGCUCGAGAACUUCCUGGGGUUGAUCGGUUACUGGGCCGGCUGCUUCGACGCGGUCGUUAUUGAGGAGCUGGUAUUAUUCCGUCGAAUGGACUACAACUCGUAUGACCCUGUCGCUUGGAAUGUUGCCCGAUUGUUGCCUUCCGGACUGGCUGCCAUUGGAGCGAGUUUACUGAGUUUCGGACUCAUCAUACCAGGGAUGGACCAAGCCUGGUUCACUGGUCCGAUCGCGAGGACAACUGGAGAUAUUGGCUUCGAGUCCGCGUUUGUCCUGACGGCGAUUUUCUACGCACCCUUGAGAUGGUUGGAGAUCAGGAAGCGAGGGCACGUCUAA